AUGCUGGACGUAUCAAUAUCGAUAAAAGGCAAUGAACUACUCCCACCAACUACAUUCCCAUUAACAAAGAAACCAAUGUUACCAAUGUCAACAACAGAUUGCAAGAAUGACAUGACGAGUUCAGCAUUUGUAAACAAUCAGAUUGAAGUCAUAAAGUCCAUUGAAAUUUUAGGGCAAGUCUACAAGGGAUGUAAUGGCAAUGGACGUGGUUCCUACAUCCAGACUUUGUUUGAAGAAAAUAGCAUAAAUGCUUGCUAUGGUUAUGUUGGUGAGAUUCAGUACAUUUUCGUUCAUUCAUUCACACCCACAAACUCUCUCACAACACUCUACAACCACAAUCAUCAGCAUAUCUUUGCUUUUGUCAAAUGA